AUGGCCACGUUGCAUUGCAUCGACGAUAGGCUUAUCAUAUGUGCUACAUCCAAAAUCUUUUCGGCUGCUUAUUCUGAAGAGCGUCUGGACAUUCUUGAUGUUUUUGAUGUGAACACUGCCAUUAGUUCGGUGCCAGUGAUAACAAGGAAUUCUUUGGAUGAGAACAAGUUGAUCUCAAAAGUUAAUGUGUCUGACGCUUAUCAGGUGUUGUGUGGUGCUGUCUCUGGUUGUGGUUCUCUGUUAGCUGUAGGUAUAUCGGCGAAAAUUGCUUUGAUUCUGGAUGCAAAGACCUUACAGUUGCGCAGAGCUUUUAGGAUCCCCAAAGCUCCUACUUCCAUAUGUUUUGAUGAGGACAUUUCACAUGUAAUAAUUGGAGAUCGUUCAGGCCAUGUCUGCAGAUAUACAGUUGAAAUGAGUAAUAAAUCAGGAUAUGUGGACAUGAAUGGGGAGGAAAGUCUAUAUGAAGGUGAACCGCUUUCCAGUGCUAUCUCUAUGGUGUUGGAUGUUGCAAUUUCCCAGGAUGGAAGAUUUCUAUUGGCAGCUGAUCGUGAUGAAAAAAUUCGUGUCUCACGCUAUCCUCAGGCUUUCGUCGUACAGUCAUUCUGCCUUGGUCAUUCUGCUUAUGUUAGUUCAAUUGCCUCUUAUGGGACUCGCGUGUUUUCUAGUGGCGGUGAUGCUACCGUACAUGAGUGGAAUAUAGAAAAUGGCUCAUCAAUUGCUCAUUCUGACAAAUUAGGCGAUAAGCCAGUGCGAAAGUUAUGUAUUCUAGCAAGGGACAACCUUCUUAAUGUGGUUGCUGUUGGUGGGAAUGUAAUCCAUUUAUUAGAUGAUAAACUGAAUCUGCUAAAGAGCGUCUCAACAACUAGCGAAAUCAUGGAUGUAGCUGUGCAUGACAUGAAAAUCUUUACUAUAAGCGGGUGCGUUCCUUUUCGCUUUUCUGGAUCAUGGCAUAAUUGA